AUGAAACAAGACAUGCAAUGUCUUCCUAAAUAUAGAGAAAAGGGUUGUGCAUUUGAAAGAAGAUUUAUAGUAGCUGUUACACAAAUGGAUAGACAGGUACAAAAUGUUCUAAGAGCAGAUGUGUCACUGAAAGGUGACAGCUGUGUCUUAAUGCGUCAAGCACACAUUUUCUCAUUUGUACCACUAAGUGAUCAGAACAGAAAGCUUAUAGAAGCCAUCAGGCAAGGUCACAUCCUUGAGCUCCAGGAGUGUGUGAAAUACAAGUAUGCUCUGGAUGAAGCUGAUGAGAAGGGAUGGUUCCCAUUGCAUGAAGCUGUCGUUCAACCCAUUCAGCAAAUACUUGAGAUCGUCUUGGAUGCAUCCUAUAAGACACUCUGGGAAUUCAAGACUUGUGAUGGAGAAACACCCUUGACUUUGGCCGUUAAAGCUGAUCUGGUGGAAAAUGUAAGGACUUUAUUAGAAAAGGGAGUGUGGCCCAACACCAAAAAUGAUAAAGGAGAGACACCUCUUCUGAUUGCUGUACAAAAGGGCUCCUAUGACAUGGUGUCUGCUCUGAUUAAACAUGAUACCAGUCUUGACCAGCCAUGUGUCAGGCGCUGGUCAGCGAUGCACGAGGCAGCCAAGCAAGGUCGUAAAGACAUCACAGCUCUGCUCCUAAGUCACGGAGGCAAUGUCCACCUGAGAGAUGGAUUUGGAGUCACACCGCUGGGAGUGGCUGCUGAGUAUGGUCACUGUGAUGUGUUAGAGCACCUAAUCCACAAAGGUGGUGACGUGUUUGCUUUGGCGGAUGACGGAGCCUCCGUGUUGUUUGAGGCAGCCGGAGGGGGUAACCCUGACUGCAUUUCCCUCCUGCUGGAAUAUGGAGGAAGUGGAAAUGUGCCUAACAAAGCAGGGCACCUUCCCAUACACCGAGCUGCCUAUGAGGGACAUUAUCUUGCUCUGAAAUACCUUAUCCCAGUAACAUCCAAAAAUGCCAUCCGGAACAGUGGGCUAACUCCAGUUCACUCAGCAGCAGAUGGACAAAACGCCCAGUGCCUAGAACUACUGAUUGACAAUGGCUUUGAUGUCAACGCUCUACUUGCUGACCACAUAUCUCAGAGCUAUGAUGAUGAGAGAAAGACUGCGCUGUAUUUUGCUGUCUCUAACAACGAUGUCCAUUGCACAGAAAUCCUUCUGGCUGCAGGGGCAGAUCCAAAUUUAGAUCCCCUCAACUGUCUACUUGUGGCAGUGAGGGCCAACAGUCACGAAAUUGUCAGGUUGCUUCUCUCCCAUGGAGCUAACGUCAAUUGCUAUUUUAUGCACGUGAACGACACCCGUUUCCCCAGUGCCAUUCAGUAUGCCUUGAAGGACGAGGCUAUGCUGAGGCUACUGCUGAACAAUGGCUACCACGUGGAGAUGUGCUUUGACUGUACCCAUGGAGACAUCUUUGGAAAUUCGUUUGUGUGGUCAGAGAAAGAGGAAGAGGUUCUCCCAGGAUGGACAUCUUGCAUAAUAAAAGAUAACCCUUUUUGUGAGUUUAUUACAGUUCCUUGGAUGAAGCACCUGGUAGGCAGCGUUGUCCGCAUCCUAGUAGAUUACAUGGAUUAUGUUCCACUGUGUGCUAAACUGAAGUCUGCUCUUGAAGUACAGAGAGAGUGGCCAGAAAUCCGACAAAUACUAGAGAAUCCUUGCUCAUUAAGGCAUUUGUGCCGCCUGAAAAUUCGAAGACUUAUGGGACUCCAGAGACUCUGCCAGCCAGCCUCCAUGGAGAAGCUUCCUCUGCCACCAGCUAUUCAAAGAUACUUAUUAUUUAAAGAGUAUGAUCUCUAAGGACAGCAACUAAAAUUGCUAUAG